AUGGCGCAGGCGAACGCGGCAGGGCGCUUGCAGGGCUUCCUGGCGCCGGUCAGGGCCCCCGCCCAGCGGCCAUGCAACCCUGCAGCCCGAUGGCCCUCCUCUUGCUCCACUCCGUGCGGCCCCCGCUUAAUGCGGCAGGCGUCGCCGCACGUGAUCUCUGACGACGCGGUGGCGACGGUCGACAGCAGCGACGGCAGCGGGCCGCCCGGCGCCGGCCUGAGCACCGAGCAGGUGCAUUCGCUGCUGGAGACGAUCUGCGAAGAAACGGACAUCAUGGAGAUGCGCCUGGAGGUUGGGGACUACGAGCUGAACGUGCGCAGGCGGGCGGGCGUGGCCCACGCGAUCGCGGCGGCCACGCCCACGGCGGCGCCCCCGGCGGUGAACGGGGCGGCGGGGCAGCCCGCCACGGCGCCUGGCACCGCGACCAUUGAGGAUUCACUGGACGAGGAGGCGACGAUGAGCAUGAACGAGUGCCUGGUUUUCAUCGAGUCGCCGAGGGUCGGGAAGAUGCGGAGGGGCCUGUACAACAAGGCGGGGAGGAAAGUGGGCAAGGGGCCCCAGAUCGGGGACUUGGUGAAGAAGGGGUCCACCUUGUGCUUCAUUGAGCAGCUGGGCACGUUCUGCCCCGUGCUGGCGCCACAACAAGGGGAGCUGUCUGCGUUCAUGGCGGAGGACGGGGCGCCGGUGGAGUAUCGCCAGCCGGUGGUGGAGAUGGCGCCCUACUUCGGGGGUCACAUCAUUGGGGACAUGAAGUACGCCUGA